AUGCAAAAUCAAGCAAAUAUCUGUGUAGUCUGCCGGCACGCUCUUGCAUGGUCCAAUCGGCCUCGAACUAGAACCGGACUGAGAUGGGCUUCUACAAAACCCCCGCAUAUCUACAACCUUCCACGCGUUGUGGUCGACCUCGAUGCCUUCGAUAGCAAGAUUGUGCGGAAACUAGAAGAUAUUCCGGAAAAAGAGCAGGCCAUAAGCUGGCGGCCCAGUCGAAUACCAGUACGCCUGCAAGAAUGUCAAAAUCCAAAGACCCAGACCGCGCAGGCCUCCUCCCGCACGAACGCUGCCAAAAUGCGAGGACUCCGGUGGCACAGAUGGGCUGGAAAUGGGUCAUUAACACGACAAGAUGUGGGGAACCCAGAGCAAAGCAAUGGAAAUUGUAGGGAGAUGGAGAUAAACAUGCCAUCACCAAGGUCGAACUUCAAACCUAUGACUGCCACUGCCCCCGAUCUGCUGAUGUACGCGCUUUUGGGUGAACCUACAGCAUCGCACAACCCAAAAAACACGUUUUUGAGACAAUUGCUCCGUUCGAAUGGCCUUUUGGCGGCCGAAAGCACCGAAGAAAAUCUCGAGCAAUUAACUCUCCAAUUCCCUACUGAUCCAUUGGCAAACGCUAUACAAGCAGGCUUUACGCCAGAAUCAGAAGCACUCCUCAAACAAGAGAUCUUCACAGGCCUUUGGUCGUUCUCGGAAAUUUGCCGCUUUAUUUCAAUGCUCUCCUCUACGUCCCAAGGAUGCCAGUUUAUCGCAAAGUUCGGUGAUGACAUUGUGAAACUCCUUCGAAGAUGCCGAUUUAUUUCUCAUUCGGCGGGGGCCAUUGACGGCCAACAAAUCACGACCAGUAUGAUCCUAAAACUUUUGAAUAGUCUCGUGCUAAACAUCGAUUCAAAGGGGUUGAAGCCCGGGGCUGGUCUUUGUCACGCUGGAUUGUAUUAUGCAUCCAGGAGUGGCAACUUAUCAGCGGUCAGAAUGUAUUUGGAAAUGUCCCGAAAAAACGGCUAUAGUAUUGACUGGAAGGUCGUACGUGCUUUCAAAGCCUUGCUAGUCACCGUUGCGAAGGAGUUGGAAUUAUCAAACCCGUGGCCACCAUGGAAGGAUAAUGAUUCUCGGCGACUUGAAAUCAUGAACUUCAUCACAGAGUGGCGUGGUAAAACGAGGCCUCGGCCAUCCAAGAAAGGCGCAAUAUGGAGCCCCUCUUUUGGUAUGCCCAUCACUACUACUUCUAGUGUGCAGCGUUCGUAUCUAUACGCCACUUAUGUCUUUGGACUUGGGGAGAUGGGAUCCAAAACGGCGCUCAGGGCCGAAUGGGAAGCGGUGAAGGCAAUGCUACCAGACAGUGAUUACCUACAGCACGCCCAAGUCUUUGCAAUCGCCUUCAUCCUUGCACGGGAUCCCGAUCAGGCACUUAAAUUGCUUAAAGACGUCCCUGAGGGAGGAAUGAUGGACACCCCCGACCCAUUACAGCAGGCAAUGCUUCAAAAUCUCUUUUCUUACCACUACUCCUUCCAUGACCUCAAGGAAUCAUCGGGCGUAACGCAAUUGGUCACCCGAGGCGUCUGGGAACUUUGGCAUAGUAGACGCCGCCCAGAGCAUGCGCUGAAAGUCUUAGAAGGGCUUCUAGUCAUUGAUUUUCCUAAAUUCCUCCCUAACACAGCACGCAAGAUCCACUGGGCAUCUGUAGAUGGCAAGGAAGGCCUGAGGGUGUUGUCGGAGCGACCAAAGUCUCAGUUAUAUUUUAAGUCGGCAGGGGAAGGGUUCCCUUUAAAAAUGGAAGACGAGAAUGAGUGUAUAAAUACAUAA